UUGGUGAGAGAUACAAGCUUUCAAUCUUACACAAAGCUCUUCUUCAGGUUUGGGAAAUGUACUCAGAGUUAAAUACAUGGAAGAUGCAACUACUUGAUGAAUAAGUGAAAAAUCAAAGAUUCCUCUUUGUGUGAUUGUGGUCUGAACAUCCAAACCACAGAACAAAUCAUAAUGCAGUCUGCCAAAAAUGGAUUCAAAGGUGAAAUGGAUGAUAUCCACAGUGUCACAGAGGAGACCUUGAAAAUGGUUUAUGGACCUACAACCGCAUCUAUAGAAUCUUGUUCUGCAGACACCAGACACAAGAGAGCUAAAUACGAUGUGGAACAGACUGUUUAACAUAAGUAAACACAUAUUUCAAGGGAACCAUUCAAGGGGAGCUGAAAGAACUACCAGCCAGAUAGGAUACAUUGCCUUAACCAUUAAGCACUUAUGGCAGUGUAAGUUUCUAGAUUGUUUGAAGUUCUGCGGCUGUACCCUGCAGGACCGAGGGCACCGAGACUCCAGUAUACAAGGACCCUACAGUAUCGUCUGCAGCAUGAGCUGGCUGAAUAGGAUCGCACUGCUUUUCUUGGGAGUAUUACUAGCAGAAAGAGUGAACUGCCAGCAUGUGAAGAAUAACGUGCCAAGACUCAGAUUAUCCUAUAAAGAGAUGUUGGAAACCAACAAUGUAAUCACUUUCAAUGGACUAGCCAAUAGCUCCAAUUACCACACUUUCCUUUUGGAUGAGGAACGGAGUAGACUAUAUGUUGGAGCAAAGGAUCACAUAUUUUCUUUCAACCUGGUUAACAUCAAGGAAUAUCAAAAGAUUUUUUGGCCUGUCUCUCAUACCCGAAGGGAUGAGUGUAAGUGGGCUGGAAAAGAUAUUCUGAAAGAAUGUGCUAAUUUCAUCAAAGUGCUUAAAGCUUACAACCAGACUCACUUGUACGCCUGCGGAACUGGGGCUUUUCAUCCAGUUUGCACCUAUAUUGAAAUCGGACGACAUCCCGAGGACAUCAUUUUUAAACUGGAGGAUUCACAUUUUGAAAAUGGACGAGGGAAAAGCCCCUAUGACCCCAAAUUGCUGACAGCUUCUCUUUUAAUAGAUGGAGAAUUGUACUCUGGGACAGCAGCAGACUUCAUGGGUAGAGAUUUUGCCAUUUUCCGAACUCUGGGGCACCAUCAUCCAAUCAGGACAGAGCAGCAUGAUUCCCGUUGGCUGAAUGAUCCUAGGUUUGUUAGUGCCCACCUAAUACCAGAGAGUGAUAACCCAGAAGAUGACAAAAUCUAUUUCUUCUUCCGUGAAAAUGCAAUUGAUGGAGAGCACUCUGGAAAAGCCACCCAUGCCAGAAUAGGGCAGAUCUGUAAGAAUGACUUUGGGGGACACAGAAGCCUUGUUAAUAAAUGGACAACUUUCCUUAAAGCACGCCUGAUUUGUUCUGUGCCAGGGCCCAAUGGCAUUGAUACUCAUUUUGAUGAACUACAGGAUGUGUUUCUAAUGAACUCAAAAGACCCCAAAAAUCCAAUAGUCUAUGGAGUGUUUACAACUUCCAGCAACAUCUUCAAGGGGUCAGCAGUGUGUAUGUACAGCAUGACAGAUGUAAGGAGGGUGUUCCUUGGUCCAUAUGCUCACAGAGAUGGUCCCAACUAUCAAUGGGUGCCUUACCAAGGACGUGUACCAUAUCCACGGCCAGGAACUUGUCCCAGUAAAACAUUUGGAGGCUUUGACUCUACCAAGGACCUUCCUGAUGAAGUCAUCACAUUUGCAAGAAGUCAUCCAGCAAUGUACAACCCAGUAUUCCCUAUCAAUAAUCGUCCAAUCAUGAUCAAAACAGAUGUGGAUUACCAGUUCACACAGAUAGUAGUAGACCGGGUCGAUGCAGAAGAUGGCCAGUAUGAUGUCAUGUUCAUUGGAACAGAUAUUGGGACGGUUCUUAAAGUGGUUUCAAUUCCUAAGGAGACUUGGCAUGAUUUAGAAGAAGUCUUGCUGGAAGAAAUGGCAGUCUUUCGGGAACCCACUGUUAUUUCUGCCAUGAAGAUUUCCACAAAGCAGCAACAACUCUACAUUGGCUCAGCUGCUGGAGUUUCACAGCUUCCUUUGCACCGCUGCGAUGUGUACGGAAAAGCAUGUGCUGAGUGCUGCCUUGCUAGAGACCCUUACUGUGCUUGGGACGGCUCUUCGUGCUCGCGUUACUUCCCCACUGCUAAAAGGCGUACUAGACGACAAGAUAUCCGAAAUGGAGAUCCUCUCACUCACUGUUCUGACCUGCAGCAUCAUGAUAACCCAAGUGGGCAGAGCCUGGAAGAAAAGAUUAUCUACGGAGUAGAGAACAGCAGCACUUUCUUGGAGUGCAGUCCAAAAUCUCAGCGUGCUCGAGUUUACUGGCAAUUCCAGAAGCAAAAUGAGGACCGAAAAGAAGAGAUAAAAGUGGAUGAUCAUUUCAUCAGGACAGAACAAGGCCUUCUGCUACGGACCCUUCAGCGGAAAGACUCCGGCAUUUACUUUUGUCAUGCCGUGGAGCAUGGCUUCAUGCAAACUCUGCUCAAAGUGACUCUGGAAGUAAUUGAUACUGAACACCUGGAAGAGCUGCUUCAUAAAGAAGACGAUAGUGAUGGCUCCAAGGUCAAAGAGAUUUCCAACAGCAUGACCCCUAGUCAGAAAGUCUGGUAUAGAGACUUCAUGCAGUUAAUCAACCACCCCAACCUCAAUACAAUGGAUGAGUUCUGCGAACAGGUUUGGAAAAGGGACCGCAAACAACGUCGGCAAAGACCCGCCAACGCCCAGGUGAAUACUAAUAAGUGGAAGCACCUACAAGAAAAUAAGAAAGGUAGGAACAGGAGGACCCACGAAUUUGAGAGGGCACCACGGAGUGUCUGAGCUGCAUUACCUCUAGGAACCUCAUCCAAGUAAAAACUUGUAUAGACAGAUAACUGGAAAAAAAAUGCAAUAUACAUGAACUUUUUCAUGGCAUUAUGUGGAUGUUUACAAGGGUAGGAAGUUCGAACAAUUUCCACCAGAUUUAAAUAAAAUCAAUUUUAACUUUCCUAACAGACCUUCCCCCACCAAUCCCCAGACAGAGUUUCAAGGAUGAAAACUCACCCUGGACCUAGCUUAUUGCUCAACGAGUUCUGCAAAGAAUUCAUCAGAAAGGUUUUGCUUUCUCCUUUGCUCAAGAUAGAAAGGUGUCAUAUUUCAUGCUGCCAUUUAAAAAGAAAGUAAAAGAAAACCCACCUUUCAUCAGCUGCGCUACCUUUCCUGAACUUAAUUGAAAAAACUGCAUGGACUAGCUAAGCUGAUCAACAUCCCAACAUUUAGAUGGAUGCAAGGCUUUUUUUUAUUUUAUGGCCUACCAGGUCUCUUGCUUAUAUGUACUGGAAAAGUAAAAACAAUACUGAAUGAGAUGGUCUGUGGAAAUCUGAACAGCAUGAACCAGCCAGCAUCCAGAGGGGAAAAAAAGAAAAAAAAGAGUGGAGUACACUGGCCUACUACUGAUGACUUCUUUCAUCUUUGAUUUAAAGAUGUAUUUUAUUAAAACUAUAAUUUAAAUGU